UGAUGUUACUUCAAAAAGACGCGGAAGCCAACAUGGUCUGGUAUCUUGUCACCGACAUCUCGGGCCAAUCCAAGCCUUGAGCUCAGCACCCAGAAUGCGGCUGAGCAGCCGGAGAGGGCUGGAGUAGAAGCAGCAGCUUAUAGCCUGAUACACGAGUGACCGCUAGCUUCAUGUCAGCCGUGCAGACAUCACUGAAGUAGCAGCACUGGAAAUCUUCCUGCGGGAAGGAGGCGGGAGACAGAAGGAAGAGCGAGAGGACGGCCAAGAAGGGAUACGGGACAUCAUUUGAUCCGACGAGAAUAAAUGUUUACGUUGAUUCGGGUUCAACUGUUUUAAAGAGCUCCAAAAAGAAUAAGAAUAAAAAUAAAAACACCAGCAGGAAGGUUAGCUAGCCGCCGCCAUCUCCUCUUAGUCGGAGCGACUUCCACACCAUGGGGAACGCUGCAACCGCAAAGAAGGGCAACGAACUGGAGAGCGUUAAAGAGUUUCUGGCUAAAGCCAAAGAAGAUUUCCUACGGAAAUGGGAAAACCCACCACAGUGCUCAACGUGCCUAGAGGACUUUGAGAGGUUAAAGACUCUGGGUACGGGCUCAUUCGGAAGAGUCAUGCUGGUCAAACACACAGAAGCAGAACAAUACUUUGCCAUGAAAAUCUUGGACAAGCAGAAGGUGGUGAAACUUAAACAAAUAGAACACACAUUAAACGAGAAGAAGAUAUUACAAGCUGUGAGCUUUCCUUUUAUCGUCAGACUCGAGUACGCCUUUAAGGACAACUCCAAUUUGUACAUGGUAAUGGAGUACAUAUCAGGAGGAGAAAUGUUCUCUCACUUAAGACGAAUUGGAAGAUUCAGUGAGCCACACGCACGAUUUUACGGUGCCCAGAUAGUGCUGACGUUUGAGUACCUACACUCAUUAGACCUCAUUUACAGAGAUCUAAAACCUGAGAAUCUUCUCAUUGACAACCAUGGCUACAUUCAGGUGACAGACUUUGGAUUUGCCAAGAGAGUAAAAGGAAGAACCUGGACGUUGUGUGGAACACCAGAAUACCUCGCGCCAGAGAUCAUUCUAAGCAAAGGCUAUAACAAAGCUGUGGACUGGUGGGCCCUCGGAGUUCUCAUCUAUGAAAUGGCAGCUGGUUACCCUCCGUUCUUUGCUGAUCAGCCGAUUCAGAUCUAUGAAAAGAUAGUGUCUGGAAAGGUACGAUUCCCAUCCCACUUCAGCUCUGAUUUGAAGGACCUGUUAAGAAACCUGCUGCAGGUGGACCUGACCAAACGCUAUGGAAACCUGAAGAACGGCGUCAACGACAUCAAAGGCCACAAAUGGUUUUCCACAACAGACUGGAUCGCAAUCUACGAGCGAAAGGUGGAAGCUCCAUUCAUACCAAAGUUUAAAGGCCCUGGGGACACGAGCAACUUUGACGAUUAUGAGGAGGAGGCUAUCCGCAUUUCUGUAACGGACAAAUGCGCAAAGGAGUUUGCAGAUUUUUAAGACAGAAGAACAUGGAUAUAUCAGGGAAUCAUAACGGGGACCUUUGCACUCUUCUAAAAGACUUGGGAUGGAAUGAGGACCAUCUUGUUUUUUCUUUUUUUUCAGAUCUACGUAGUCCCUUCAUUCCACAAGGCUGAAAGAGGUCGCCGUGUUCCUUGAGUGUUGAAAACUUUAACUCACCGUCAAAAACACUUGCAUAUUAAAGCAGACAAGUCACUCUUUGUUUUUACUUUUUUGUUUUUGUCACUUUGAAGGCAGUUAGUUUUUGGAUGUAUUUGUUCCCAACUGAAAUGUGAUAUGUUUUUUAUUUUUUAUUCUUUGAAAGGGAGUGGAAAAAUUGAGUUUGUGGUCACUAACAGUCCACACUCUGACUUAGGAGGUCAUUUGGCACUCAGUAGAGUGGGUUGUUUUGCUUUUCCUUUUUUCAUCGUCAGUGUAAUUUUGAUGUCCACAUCCCACUAAGUUGAGGCAGCGUACCCAGCAAUAUUUGGUCCAUUUGGUCCAUAUUGCAGUUUUUACUACAAAGAAAUAUUGAGUGUAUGAAGCAUGACCAAAUAGAAAGUAUCUGGUUGACAACAACAAAAGUUCUUUCCUUUCUUUGCUUUUUGCCUCUGAAAGCCAAAUCAACCCCCCAAACAGAUCUCACUUUUUUUUUGCUGUUGUUUUUUUGUCCCACCCCUACACACAUUUGGAUAUUGCAGCUGGUAAAGCUUGCAUUAAAUAAAACGCAAGUCCAUCUGUGUGUUUGCUAAAUUUGGAGUUGGCUACUUGCAUUUAAAUGAUAUACUCUGCCAUCUUGCUGGUUUUGGUCAGGGUUUGCUUUUUGUUCUUGUGUUCAAAGUUAGUCUUUGCCCCUCAAUUUUGGGUUCAUUCAAGACCUUUUGUCACAAGUCUGUGGGAAAAUGGAUAUUCAUUAAAGGGAUAUAAAUGAAUAAAAUCCUUUUUGAGGAUUUGGAGUGUUUUACGUCAAAAAGGUCAGUGUGCACAGUGUUCACGCUUUGUGCCUGAGCACUACUUAUAUAUAUUUUUUAUGUAUUGAAGAAGAUGUUUUAAAAUUUUAAGAGAGAAAGGGAAAUAUACACAUAUAUUACAUAUUUAUUACAUAUCACCCCAAAUAAAUUUGUUUAAUUCUUGUGACAGGUUUGCAACUCCUAGGUGUGCGUGUUUGAAAGCUUGAUUUCAAAGUUUGUCUCACAGAACACCGGCUAAACUGAAGACUGCUCCUUUGUAUCACAUGUAACCCUGUUCCUGUUAAGCUCAUAACAUCCAUAUAUGCAUUGUUUCAUAUAUUUUUAUUUAUACACAUUAGAGAUGCUAAUAAAUUUUAUUUUUAAAAGUG